AUGUUGGGUAAGAAACUAAGCAUAACGGAUGUAAAGGAUUUAAAGAACAAAAAAAUUUUGGUAAGAGUGGAUUUUAACGUACCUAUAGAAAAUGGAAUAAUAAAAGAUAACACAAGAAUUAAGGCAACACUGCCAACAAUUAAUUAUUUAAAAAAGGAAGGAGCUUCAAAAAUCAUUUUAAUAUCCCAUUGUGGUAGACCUGAUGGAAUGAAAAAUAGCAAGUAUACCUUAAGACCAGUUGCUGAUAAUUUGAAGACUUUAUUAGGAGAAGAAGUAUUAUUUUUGAAUGACUGUGUAGGAGAAGAAAUAGAAAAAGAAAUAAGCAAAGCAAAGGAUAACUCAGUUAUUUUAUUAGAAAAUUUAAGGUUUCAUAUUGAAGAAGAAGGAAAAGGAAUAGAUAAGGAUGGAAAUAAAAUAAAAGCAAAUAAAGAUGAUGUGGAAAAAUUUCAAAAUGAUUUGACAAAAUUAGGGGAUAUAUUUAUUAAUGAUGCAUUUGGUACAGCACAUAGAGCUCAUAGUAGUAUGGUAGGAGUCAAAUUAGACAUUAAAGCAUCUGGUUUUUUAAUGAAAAAAGAAUUAGAAUAUUUUAGUAAAGCAUUAGAAAAUCCACAGAGACCAUUACUAGCUAUUUUAGGUGGAGCUAAAGUUUCUGAUAAGAUACAAUUAAUAAAAAAUCUAUUAGAUAGAGUAGAUAGAAUGAUUAUAGGUGGCGGUAUGGCUUAUACAUUUAAAUAUGUUUUAAAUAAUAUGAAAAUUGGGAAGUCCUUAUUUGAUGAAGCAGGUAGUAAAAUAGUAGGUGAAAUUAUGCAAAAGGCAAAAAAUAAAAAUGUCCAAAUUAUUCUACCAGUAGAUUUUAAAAUAGCUGAUAACUUUGACAACAAUGCGAAUACCAAAAUUGUUACAGAUGAAGAGGGAAUUGAAGAUAAUUGGAUGGGAUUAGAUGCAGGUAAUAAAAGUAUAGAAAAAUAUAAAGAUAUAAUUUUAACUUCAAAAACUAUUAUUUGGAAUGGACCUCAAGGUGUUUUUGAAAUGCCGAAUUUUGCUAAAGGCAGUAUUGAAUGUUUAAAGCUAGUUGUUGAAGCUACUAAGAAAGGUGCUAUUACUAUUGUUGGAGGAGGUGAUACUGCUUCCCUAGUUGAACAACAACAAAUGAAAGAUGAAGUUAGUCAUGUUUCAACUGGAGGAGGAGCAUCUCUAGAACUUUUAGAAGGGAAGGAAUUGCCAGGAGUAGUUGCCUUAUCAGACAAAUGA